GAGUUUUGGUGAGAUCCUUAGGGGUAGUAUCCAAGAGAUGGAGGCUUUUAUGGACGCCUACACCGAUUUCCUUCCUCGUCUCUCAGCAUUCUCACUUUGCAAGCAGAUCGAUGUUGGUUAUACCUUAUUCAAGGUCUAUAGAGCUAAGUGUACUCACUUGGGUGCUCUGUUGGAAGGUGCUCGUCAAGAAUAUGCGCUUGCUAUCGUGCAACAACCUUCGUCGAGUAAUGCUGCUUCUGUUGCUAAGAUAUCCUCAUUGGAGGACGAUCUGAGAAAGACUCAGAGAUCCCUGGAGGCUUGUCUGCUGGCUCUUGAGAGAGCUAAUAUUGUUGCCAAGCUUGCUGAAGAUGGGAGCAAAGCUGCCGAUUCUGCCUUAGCUGCUGAGUCUUCUAAAGACAUAGGUCUCCAGGAGCAGCUAGUGGGUGCAAAUGCCAAGAUUACUCGUCUUGAGGGUCAAAUAUCUUCGUUGGAGAUAUCUCGCUAAUUUGAUGUUGCUGCUAAGUUUAAGGCUGAGGCGCUUCGGCAAGCUAACGAUCAUCUUAGUGCUUAGAUGAUGGAGCUUCAUCAAAAGUCGGCUUCGGAUUUGGAGGUUCAAGCUUCUCAGAUGAAGGUGCAGUUCGAGCGU